AUGGAUCCUGGUGAUAUUAAUAGCACUCAUAUAGCUCUCAUUCCCAAGUGCAAAAACCCUGCUACUCAGAAGGACUUUAGGCCCAUUAGUUUGUGCAAUGUGGUGAUGAAGAUGGUCUCGAAGACGAUUGCAAACUGCAUUAAGAAGAUUCUAUCGGAAAUAGUGGAUGGGGAACAGAGUGGCUUUGUAAGUGACAGGUUAAUUACUGAUAAUGCCUUGGUGUCCAUGGAGUGCUUUCAUUGGUUAAAGAAGAAGAAAGGAAAUAGGGGAGUGCUGGCUUUAAAGCUAGAUAUGUCAAAGGCCUAUGAUAGGUUGGAGUGGCCAUUUGUGGUGGAGCCAAGUAGGGGAUUCACUCCUAAGAGGGGUCUCCGUCAAGGAGACCCAUUCUCUCUGUAUUUAUUUAUUAUUUGUGUCGAUGUUCUUUCAAGUUUUCUUAAGAAGGAAGCUUUGGAGAAGAGGAUUCACGGUAUUCAAGUUGCGAGACAGGAACCAGUGAUCACACAUCUCAUUUUUGCAGAUGAAAGCCUUUUGUUCUCUAGAGCUACAUGUCAAGAAACGGACAAAAUUAUGACAACUCUCAAAUCUUACCAACUCUCAUCAGGUCAAGUGGUCAAUCUCGACAAGUCAGAGGUAUCUUUCAGCCAAAAUGUGCAUAAGAGGAUAGAGCUAUGA